AUGUUUCAGAGCAUAGGCCUUAGAUAUGUGAAAGGCACACCCCUUGACCUCCAUGUCCACCCAGCAGGAGGAAGAUCUGGACACCUGUUACUCCCUCUGGUCCCUCCCUUUGCCUCGCUGGGCUGGCCAGGUCAGGGGAGGGGAGAGACCAAUGCUCGCUUCUACGCAACGACCUUGAAGACGGGUCACGGCAUCCUCUUCUGGGUGGCUCAGGUGGUCAUGCCGGGACUCGACUUGACGGGGAGGCUUUCCUUUGAGACUGUGCUGCUGCAUGGCCUCCAGGGUGAUGGUGGCGGCCACAAGACGUCCAAGUCCUGGGGCAGUGUGAUAGACCCCCUGGAUGUCAUCAGUGGGGCGUCCCUGGAGGUGUGUGACUUGCUGGUGCUGUGUGUUCUGUACUGGUGUUCAUUGGCUGUGGUGAGCAGUACCUUGACAGCAGGUACUGUGCGAGAGGGUGGAGGGGACCCUGAAUGCGGAAGAGGUACUCGCUUGUCUCGUAUGAAGUCCCCCACAGGCAUCCCAGAGUGUGGAGCUGAUGCCCUUUGGUCCACCCUGUGCUCCACCAGCUUCAGGAGUCAGUGUGGCAUAGAUAUAUGUGGAUGACUGUGGUGUCUUGUCUUGUGUGGAGUUACAAGGUUGGUGUAUGGAUGGGUAAGUGAAGUAGAGAUAAGAUUUUAAUUAGUGGUUUUGUAAGAUUAGGUAGGAGUGCUGUUCGUCUUCAUCAAGGGCUGACGUGUUGUGUGUUGAGUGAAUGAGGG